CCGGUUCUUUUUUUUUCAUUCAUUACAAAUUCUCUGCAGUAAACUCUCAUCACUAGUCUAGAUUUUUAUUUUGUUUUCCAUACAAAGCCUUUGUGAAAGAUGCAUUUCCUAAAGAAGAGAUAAUAGGUAGACUCAUUGUAGCAAAUCUGUGAGGGUGGCGAAAAUAACGAGGCUAUUGGGUUUCAUCUGCAGCGACAAAUCGACGCUGUUUUGAGUAUUGAUAACUUGUCUUGAAUGUUUUUUUCCAAAAGAGAAAUCAAAUGAGCAACCGAGGAGCAAUUCGUAGACAUGGAGUAGAUAGGAUAAGCGGCUUACCUGAUCAUUUGCUAAGUCAUAUACUCUCUAAUCUUCCUACAAAGAAAGUUGUUACUACUAGCAUUCUUUCCAAAAGAUGGAGAAAACUCUGGCGUGCAAUGCCUUUUCUGGAUAUAGACCUUGGUGAUUUCAACGAUGAUUUCGCUACCUUUGUCAGUUUCGCCUCUUCGUUUCUUGAAAACUCUAAUGAGCGAUGCUUAGACAAGCUCAAGCUCUCUUUCGAGAGGGAAGAUGUUUAUCUGUCAUCCUCAGUCUUGUCGUGGGUCCAAGAAGUAGUUAAGCGUGAAAUCCAACAUCUUGAAGUCAUAUUUGAUUCGGUUGAUUCGGUCGAUAUGAUGUUAAAGCUUUACUUAUGUGAGACUUUGGUUUCAUUGAAACUUCAGAACGUGUGGCUGGAAUGUUUCGAGAUUGUGUCUUUGCCUAAUCUCAAGGUGAUGCAUCUUGUAGAGAAUUUAUAUGGUUGUGAUGAUACUAUGAAGAACUUGAUCUCAUCCUGCCCCGUUCUUGAAGACCUAACUAUUGUUAAAUUGGUAGCUGAAGUCACGGCGAAAGUUUUACAGGUGAGCUCCCCGUCACUAAAUAGUCUCAAACUCCUUGUUGAUCAUGGCGAUGGUUCGUACACAGACGAUAGUGACGAUUGGAAGGUUAUCAUUGAUGCUCCUCAGCUCACCUAUCUAAGUCUACAUGAUCAUCAGUCAGCUGGUUUUGUGAUAAGCAAAAUGGAUUCAUCCGCAAAGGUAGAAAUCAACGUCGCUUUUAAUGUGGAAGAUAUUGAGAAUAUAGAAGAUAUUGAGAAUAUAGAUGACUCAUUCGAGAGAAGCGCUGUCCAUAAAUUACUUACCUCACUCUCAAGCGUAAGGGACAUGACUUUAAGCGGAACAACUUUGAAGAUCAUGCGUCACUACAUGAAGCACGAAUCCAUGCCUCAGUUUCGUAACAUGAAGCAGUUAUAUGUGAAGUUAUAUAUAUGUGAUCUGGAAAUCUUGCCAGGCGUUCUUGAGUGCUGUCCAAACCUCAAAUCCCUUGUCGUGAAGCUGAACAAGGUAAUGGAAAGAGAGGAAAUCAGUUUCUCAUCGGUGCCAAAGUGUUUGCAGUCAAGCCUCGAGUAUGUUGAGAUUAAAAGAACCAAGUAUGGAAAUGGAGUUGAGAUGAAACUAUCAAAAUAUUUCCUCGAGAAUUCGCUAGUCCUCGAGAAGUUUACGCUAUGCAGACGUUUUCUUAGCAAGGAACAAGAGUCUCUCGUCGUUAAGGGACUCAAGGCGUUCAAUAAAGGUUCUAGUGCUGCUCAGGUCAACGUUGUUGUACUUUGAAGAUGAGGUUUGAGUUGUUGGAAAGACGUUAUGAUUUUAUUUUAUUUUCUAAAACUACAGUUUGGUUUCAAUUUGUGAAAACCUUUGUUCGGUUGGGAUGUUAUAUUUGGAUCUGGUUUUGAAUU